UGUACUUGCAGGAACACAGUGUUAUCUAAUUAUCUAAGUGACCAUGCUGGCUGCGAGGCUAGUAUGCCUGAGGGCAUUAUCAUGCCAGACUAUCCGCCCCACCAUUACUCAGGCUUCCCCAGCUUUGAGGAGCUCCAAUAUAAAAGCAUACAGGCUGUGGCAGCCUAACCAGUGUUAUGCCACCAGAGUAAGAACGGGUGUAAGGCGUGGAAAAAUUGGCCAGGAAAUUAAAGAAGCAGCAUUUGAGCCAUCUGCAGAAACGGCACUUAAAGUUGACCGUCUGGGGAGAUUUAUUGUUGCUGGAGGGGCUGCUGUUGGCCUGGGGGCCCUCUGUUACUAUGGAAUGGGCAUGUCCAGUGAGAUCGGAGCUAUUGAAAGAGCUGUUAUUUGGCCACAGUAUGUGAAAGACAGAAUUCGCUCUACUUACAUGUACUUUGCGGGAAGCAUUGGCUUGACGGCACUGUCUGCUGUAGCAGUAAGCAGAUCUCCGGCACUCAUGAGCCUUAUGACAAGAGGCUCCUGGCUGGCAAUAGGUGCAACUUUUGCAGCUAUGAUUGGUGCUGGAAUGUUGGUCAGGUCCAUAUCCUAUGAAAAUAAUCCAGCAGCUAAACAUUUGGCUUGGAUGAUGCAUUCAGGUGUCAUGGGUGCAGUGGUGGCUCCUCUAGCCUUCUUGGGAGGUCCUUUGCUGAUCAGAGCUGCCUGGUAUACCGCUGGAAUCGUCGGAGGGCUCUCCACUGUGGCCAUGUGUGCUCCGAGUGAAAAAUUUCUGAACAUGGGAGGACCACUUGGAAUAGGCUUAGGCUUUGUUCUUGCCUCUUCAAUUGGAUCCAUGUUCUUGCCUCCUACUUCUGCUUUUGGUGCUGGCUUGUAUUCGGUAGCUGUUUAUGGUGGAUUGGUACUCUUUGGCAUGUUCCUGCUCUACGAUACGCAGCAUGUUAUCAAGCGUGCAGAAACUAUUCCGUAUUACGGAGUACCAAAGUAUGAUCCAAUCAAUGCGUGCAUGGGUAUCUACACAGAUACACUGAACAUCUUCAUUCGGGUGGCCACCAUGCUUGCGAGUGGUGGAGGUGGCAGGAGAAAGUAAACAGAGACGACUCUUCGCAGCUGUCUGACAGCCUACCUAGUGCACAUACUAAAUAAAAAUUCAUGGUUACAAGCAGUUGUGCUGCAAGACAGAAGUUUAAAGCAUUUCAGCAUAUUGUUUCAGUGCAAUGUCGUUCAGACUUAAUAGUUUUUCUUCAGACACUUUCCAGCUCUGUGUUUAAAAUAGUGUGAACUGCUUCUAAUUGUACAUUAUUUUGGGAAAGUAAAUUAUUUUUAAUCUAUGCAUAAAAUAGUCUAUCUGCUUUUUAAUGGGUUUGACAGCAGUUGAACUCUUACUUUCUUUUUUUUUUUUACUGUUACUGCAUAGUAAAGGAAGUAAUUUCUAAACUGGUAUCUCAUAUGCAGGUAGGGACACAAGCUACUUCAUGAGAUGCUGUUGAGAUGCAUCAGUUUUCAGUUAAGAUUGCGUAAAUUAUACUUCAGUGACACGUUAAGAAGAACUGAACAAAUUGGAUAUGGCGCUAAAUGCAGUAACGACUUCUGCCUGGGCAGAAAUUUCAGAAAGGUUUAAGCCGUUGCCAGAAAUGCAUUGGAUUUGACAGGUGAGGUGACCAAAAAGUAUGAAGGAGACAGGAUGAGGAAACUAUGCGGCGUUUGUCCUAUACGAAUUUAACUCUCUUUUUGGAGUACACGUGAGAACUCCUUGCUUUAAUGUUGACUGGGUAUAAUAGCUAGGUUCUUUUGAUACUAGAGAUUUAUCGAACUGUUGAAUAGCAAUAGAGGUGUGUCUUUCUUCCAGUGACUAAAUUUCAGUAUUGCGGAUGAUGCCCCGUGCUUCAGAAGAGCUCCCGGUGCUCGUCUCUUACAAGCUUGUACAGUUGGCACAGGGAGAGGGAUUUGAGCAUGGCCUGCUGUAAACCCAAGUGUCAGACAUUUACCGUACUGUUGUAUGCUUUAGCCCGUGUCUAACUCUUCUCCAAAUUGGUACAUUUAGCUUGGUCUAAAAGAAAUGUUCCCUAUCAGUGAAAUUGAUUUAACAUUAAGAAAAUUUAUACUUGCCAAACUGUAUUGCUCGAUGUUGGGAUAAAAGGUGAGUUCUUGGGCACAAGAAAGUUUUGAGCUAAUGUCAACAACUCAGACUUUCAAUUUCUGGUAAAUAUGCUAUGUAUAUGUAUUGACUUACGGAACAAUAAAAUUCUAGCCUCGCAAGUUGA